GUGUAGUCGAGUGUACACAUACCAAUCAGAAAUAAAACUGGCAAAUUAGAAACAUGUGCUCGCUCCAGUAUUAUGUGAUAUUUCCCCUACUUAUUCUGAACCAAUUAGUUCCUGUGACGAACUUCAAAGAAGACCAAGCCCACUGGAAGAAUUUGGGUGCUGAAGAAUUGCAGGAAGCACUCAACAAGGAUGUUAUAGAAGGGGUGGCGAAAAAUGUUAUUCUCUUCGUCGCUGAUGGAAUGGGCCUCACCACAUCAACAAGCGCCAGGAUUUACGCCAAAAGAGAAACUGGUCAUUUGGCUUGGGAAAAGUUCAAGAAUAUCGGAGUUCUGAAGACAUACUCUGCAAACAAAUUGGUUCCAGAUUCAUGCAGCACUGCAACAGCUCUUUUUUGCGGAGUUAAAGCCAACCACAAGACUUCCGGUGUGGACUCGACAGUGGAUGUUGACGACUGCGAGGCUUCUUUGAAAAAAGAGUCUAAUCUCGAAAGUAUUUUCACCUGGGCCCAAGACGCUGGAAAAUCUACAGGAUUUGUGACCACGACCAGAGUGACACAUGCAACACCUAGUGCUUUGUAUGCACACACCCCCAACAGGAAUUGGGAAUGUGAGGGAAAAAUACCUGUAGCUGCAUCAAAAUGCAGGGAUAUUGCCAAGCAGCUUGUGGAAGACUCGACGGGGAAAAAAAUCCAGGUGAUAAUGGGUGGGGGAAGACAAUGCCUGCAGUCAGAGGUGACCGAAUCUCAGGCUGAUCCGAUAGAUACUUGGUCUUGUUAUAGCAGAGACGGCAGAGAUCUGAUCGGGGAUUGGGAAAGAGACAAGACGGCGAAUGGUUUCACUCAUCAGGUCAUCAGUAAUAACGAAGAACUGCAAAAUUUGGAUCUGAAUGCUGAAUUCACUCUAGGAAUUUUCGCCAACGGACACCUGAAAUAUGACUAUGAAAGGGAUCGAGGGCCGAAAGGGAUGCCUUCCUUAGCGAAUAUGACGGAGAAGGCUAUCCUGUUAUUGAAGAAAAGUGAAAAAGGAUACAUAUUGAUGGUCGAAGGCGGGAUGAUAGACCAGGCGCACCAUCGAGGCCACGCCAGGAAGGCUCUCGACGAGGUGGCAGCUUUCAGCGACGCCAUACAGAUGGCGCUGGAUCUGACAGACGCUCGGGAGACGCUCGUGAUCGUCACCAGUGAUCACUCGCAUUCGAUGGUGCUCACCGGGUAUCCCGAUAGAGGGGCAGGAGUUUUGUCUCAUACAAAGUCUGCGAUGGAUCACAUCCCCUUCACUUCGCUACUCUAUGGCACAGGAGGCCCAAAUAAUUUUCAAUUCACUGUGGAAAAUGGUACGGUAGUUCGUCCAGAUCCAUCCAGAAAUGAUACAACCGAUUUUGAGUACUCGCAGCAGGCCGUAGUCUACACCGAUGAAGUAACGCACAGUGGCACAGAUGUACUGGUGUUUGCUAAAGGACCGAUGGCCCAUCUGUUCACCUCAGUUCACGAGCAGACUUAUGUGGCCUACGCCAUAAGUUAUGCAUCAAAGAUAGGUCCACACGGAGUCAAUUCUAGUCAAUCUACAUAUGGAUUUUGCACAUUAGUAUUGUUUUCAGUUUCUGUAUUGUUUUAUUUACAUGAAUAGAAGCUAUGG